CAGCAAAGCAAACACGCGCCAAAAAGAAAGGAGCAAGAGGGGUGAAGAGAAGAGGAGGAAAAAUUUGAUUGAUCCGACUGAACUCAUAUCUAUAUGUAUAUUGAAUUCAGUGACCGAGCGAGUCAAUAACAAGAAAAAAAAAAAAAGCAGCAAUGGUGAAAGCUGUGGUGGGAGACGAAACCCAACUCAAUUUGGCCGAGGAACGCCUAAGCCAAUCUGGUCUCACCUCUCAGGUGGGUUUGGUUAUAGGAAAGCUGAGCUCCAUAUUAGACCGCGGCUUCGUCUACGAUUUAGUCCCUACGCCACCAAACGAUGCCGGAGAGCCUGCUAGUUCUCUCAUCGAUCCCACCGCUGCCACUUCCAAAGACGAUAAGAAAAAGGGAUCCAAAUCCAAAUUACAGGCUGUCGAUUCUUCCACCUUGGUUAUCGAUUCAGAUUGGGUCGCCGAACACGCCCGCCAGGUUUCGAGAAUGUUAGUUGGUGGCAUAAAGGUUGUUGGUAUUUACGUAUGGAUUAUUGAUACCGCUUUCAAGAAUUCAACCAUCACGCUUGGCCAGCUUUUGCAGACAGUAAAGGAAGUUGCAGAAGCUGCACCCAUCCAGGAGACUGAUUGGGAUAAAAGGCUUCUUAUUCAUAUAGGUUAUAGUCCUAGGAGGUGGACCUGUAGAAGUUGUGUGUUAUCUUCAAAUAUUACAUCAAACAGCAUAAGACCGUGUGAUUUCAAAAUGGGUAGGGUCAUAAAUUCGCUUCAGAAGUUUAGGUGCAUGUACAACUUUAAACUCAGCUUUCCUAUAUGUCAGGAAUCAAGUACCUUAACUAUGAGUACAAUUCUUCGUCAUGGAAUCUCAGCUCACGCAAAAGAGCUAAGAGGUGCGAGCGCUCUAAUUGAUGGAAAUUUGGUUGUUAAUGAAGAACCUUGUGUGACUGAGGGUUUGCAUGAAGUUGAAUUGCUUCUACCAUAUAUGAAGCAUGCACAGGCUGAAGCAUACAGCCAAAGGGACGUUCUUGGUCUUCUUGUGUUCAGUGGUUCUGUGUGCUCUUUUGCAUACUUGAAUUCAAAGGAACCAGUUUCACAGGCUCUUGCUGAUAUAAAGGACGAUAUCAUCAGGAGUCUAGAAAGCAGACUGGAUCUCAUCUGUGAUGAGGCAGAUGAAGAUCUGGGUCCAGUGCAUGAUGGUGGUAAGGAAGCAAGCCAAGAAAAACUGCCUGAAAAACCUGUUUCCAGACUUGUCCCAUUCCUACUGAGGUGUGUCAGAUAUAGGAAAACUUGCAGUCUGGAAUUUCCUCGAAGAGUAUUUAUUCCCUGGUUGGCUGGUACAUUAAUAUGUGACUACUUGCAACCAUCUGAGGCACUUGAGGUCGUAAAAGAUCAUUGUGUUGAGUUGAUGUCCAUGUCACCAACUGAUGCCUCAGUAAUUCUCCAACCAGAAGCAGAAGCUCCAUUGCUGGUACCUGAAUCUUUUUGGGAUGUUGCAGCCCCAGGCCAUACUGUACCUAGCUCUUCAGAGAAAAACAGAAAAGUUGACACAAGUGUGGUUAGUAGCAAGGAAUCUAUCACGUCAAUGAACUUGUACAUUUUCGCUGCAGUUUUCUUCCUUAUCCUUUCUAUAUUGGUGGGAUUUAUGCUUGUCAAGAAAUCGUAGGCCCAGAGUUGAGUUUACACUUACAGAAUCACAUGGUUUAAGUGCAUUUUUCUUUUCCUUCGUUAGGUGAUCAUAGUCGCUUGAGUGAAUUUUUGGCAUAUAUGCAUGGGAUAAGUGCUUUUUUUUUUUUUUUUUUUUUUUUU